AUGGGUAGGUGGCAGAGGUCCAAAAUAGGUUUGAGGGAACUGGCAUCACAAGGCCUGGUGGAGAGCGAUGGGACCUUACUUAAGGACGAAGUGAACGCUCUGUUCGAGCCAGUGGGCCUGCGCAGAGCGCGGUGUCGGGGGAAGGGGGAUCACAACAUCGCACUCGCCGAGCGGUGCGCGGGGCGAGGGGCGCAACGAUGUACGCCGCAACUAGCCAACCAGUCGAAACCGACCGGUAAUUUCUUCAGUUGGAUUUCAGAACAUCGAACGGGCGGGCGUGUGUAG